GGUACAGUUGGCUGACUGCUCCCAAGAAAACCGGCGACGAGCAUCCAUACCCGGCAGUUUGACCGUUCAUCUUCGCUGCUUUCAAUUCAUCUUUACCGCAACAAGACAAAUCUCUCAAGCAAAACUCCAUUCACUCCCUAAAACACACCGACAUUUAGCUACUUAUAAACCAAGCAACACUUGUAUGCUGCAGUUUCUAGAAAUAUCUGUGAAGGGCUCGGAGAUUAACGUUAUAGAUAAACUGCUACAGGAUGGAGACGCAGAUACACGUGCCCGUGGGGUCGCCGGUAAUUAGAAAAAUUCCCAUUUUCGUGGACGAACACAACGUGACGGAGGGGGCCAUGAAGCUCAUUAAAGAGCUGAGACCGGCGUGGGACACGAGCCAUGUCAAGACCAAGCUCUUCACCGAUGGAACCACCAACAAGCUAGUGGGCUGCUACGUGGAGGACAGUCCAGAAGACGUGGUCCUGGUGCGAGUAUACGGGAACAAGACAGAGCUCAUUGUGGACAGAGACAAUGAGCUCAAAAGCUUUCAGGUGCUACAUGCUAAUGGUUGUGCUCCUCGCCUGUACUGCACCUUUCAGAAUGGCAUCUGCUAUGAGUUCAUGCAAGGUGACGCUCUUGGGACGCAGGACGUCAGGGAUCCUUCCUUACUGAGGAUGAUAGCCAGGGAGAUGGCUCGUAUCCAUGCCAUCCAUGCACACAAUGGCUGCAUCCCCAAACCCAACCUCUGGAUCAAGAUGCGAAAAUACUUCUCCCUCGUGGCCACCGAGUUCACUGACCAAGCGUCCAACGUUAGAAUCCAGCAGGAGGUUCCCAGCAAGGCUGUGCUGGAGCAGGAGAUGGUGUGGAUGAAGGAGCAUCUGUCCACUCUGGGCUCCCCUGUGGUGCUCUGUCACAAUGACCUGCUGUGCAAGAACAUCAUCCACAACAGUAAAGAGGGUCAUGUUCGCUUUAUAGACUACGAAUACUCCAGCUACAACUACCAGGCCUUCGACAUUGGCAACCACUUCAAUGAAUUUGCAGGAAUGGCGGAGCUGGACUAUGGGCUGUACCCCAGCCGGGAGAUGCAGAUGGACUGGCUCAAAGUGUACCUGCAGGCAUACAAACUCUUCACCAAGAAAACGGAGGAGGUCAGCCCACGAGAGCUGGAGACACUCUAUGUACAGGUCAACAAGUUUGCUCUGGCUUCUCACUUCUUUUGGGGCUUUUGGGCGCUCAUCCAGGCCAAGUACUCCUCCAUCGACUUUGACUUCCUUGGGUACGCUGUGCUCCGUUUCAACCAGUACUUCGAGACCAAACCUUCAGUGAUGGCUCUGCAGAUCCCAGAAUGAGGAGAGACGGAGAAAGACAGACUGCGGAGAGAAGACAGGUGGGAGGGCCUUACAGGUUCUAUGCUGGGACUUCCUGUAGGAUGGGAACUCUUCUCUGUGAGCCAGCUGCUUGGUCUACCCAGCAAACCUUUUUCUGCAACAAGCGCAAUUACUCUUUCAUUGCUCCAACGUAGCUCCACGUCUGUCACAACUUUAGCUCAAGAAUGAUGAAUUUUUCAUGAGUUCUGCGUGUAUGUUUGUGAGUGUACGCUCGUGUACGUCUUUUAAUUUAUUUUGAGAAACCCUGACGUCUCGCUCUCCCUCUUCUGGCAGCUGAACAAGGCGUAGUGAGCAGAGCCGUGUGAGUUUAGGGUAUAGAGAUCACAGACUUGCUUAGAUGUCUGUCACUCUGGCGCCAAAAUGUUCCACAACGCUGGUAAUGAAGGUCAAAAGAGGGACAAGACUGUUCAGGAAGCUUUGAUGCUGACACUGACGGAUAGUGUGUCCUGCUCUCUGUGCACUGUAUCUAUGGCUCAAUGCCAUGGCCUUGCUGCAGUUAGAAACUGACUACAGCGGCAUUCACCUGGGAUUCCUCAGAUUUUGCAUGUGGUGUGUGUGGUGAGACCAUCCCUCCUCCUAUCUGCAGAUGUUUUAACACUUUAAGUUCUGAUUUGCGCGAUUCUUCCUCUUUUUUCCUCCAUCUUUGAUGCUAGGUGCUCGUAGCCACGGUAUUUCUGCACUUCGCUUCCCAGAGAUCACGUGCAUCAAGCACUGUGGGCGGUACUGCGUCAUCUCUUACCUUCUGUUGUUGCACUUUGUGCUUCCUCUUAUAGUUAUUCCAAGCAAACUGCUGCUGCUAGAAAUGUAAAACAAACUUCUCCGUGUGCUAGCAGACCCUGGAAGGAUCUACCAGACACCAAGUGCGUGAAACAGCUAAUGGAAUAGCUUUUCACGGACAGGCUGUAGGUUGAAUCACUAUUGUGUUAUAGCAAUUGGUGAUAGAGUGUCUAAAUGCAUUUAUUUAUUUAUGUCAAGAAGUGUGGAUUAUUUAACAUCUCAGGUGAAACAGCUCUUCAGUUUGGGUUGUUUUGUGUUGAACUGGGAAGUGAUGUGGAGCAGGAGGGGAGAUGGAUGUCGCGUAAAAAGAGGGGACCUAUGUAAACGUCACUCUCAACUCUGUGUGCAUUUGUCCUCAAACUGUUUUCCACCUCCUUGACUUUUAUGGUCGCGGCGAAUCGCUCCGUUAAACUUUCCAUUUAAACUUUCCAGACCUCUUGGAAAAUCCCAACCCCGUCACCCCCAUUGCCAACCCCUCCUCCUUCUAUCUUUUAUGCCCUCCAGUGUCUGCUCCCUCCUCAGAGUUUUGUUUCAUACCUUCCUUUGUCUGUUGAGAUGUAGGUAGUAGCACCCCUUACACAGUCCAUCUUACCAUCAGAGACUCUUCUCAGCCCCAAACUGUAAUCCAUUCCCAUUCACAUCCCACAUUUGGAGCCAAAUUUUGUUACGUAAUCAGAUUGCAGAUUGCAUAAGUUAUAUAUGGGGUCAAAUCAACUGUAGCUUUCAAAAAGAGGCAGGGAUCGGUUAGCUUAGGCUGUGUAGCUGCCAUGACGUCAUCUAUUACUUUGACAGAAACACAUCUGACACUCCAUUUAAACAUUUAAACAGACAUUUAAAACAAUAAACAGACACACACACAGUGUCCAUAAAAAAUCAAAAAUAGUGCAGGUCCACUGAUUUCAUACAUCAAAGUCUGUCUCCAGGUGGUGACGAGUGCUACUUGAUAUAUAAAAGAAGUUGAAAUCUACGAGUUUAAAAAUAGAAAACAAUUUUAGAGGUUAGGAGUAAGAAAGAGGUGAGCUUACCAGAGCACACUUCUCAUUUCUUGCUGGAGGCUACCUGCUCUUGCAAAUAUGGUACCACUACAAACACACCCAACUAGAGGCCCUCUUCUUCUGGAGUCCCCCAUAGGACUGUAAAUUGGAUUUUUUUUUUUACGCAGAAGACAAAACAAUUUUAGAUCCUGUUUGAAUUGUGCAAUGAAUUACAUAUAUAAUGCUUGUCAAUUCAAAAAUAUAUAUUUUUGCGUGAAACUGUUCAGUAAACUGCGUCUGUAAUCUGAGUUUGAAAACUAUAUAUGUCAUCAACACCAGACAGCUAGCUAGGUAGGUAGAAAGGUGACUUCGCUAUCGUCUGUGCGCAAAUAGAACAUUAUCCUACCUGAUGUGCUUUAAGCAGCAGCUGCUGGUCUUUUUCAUCAGCUGGAAAGAAUGAGUGGGACCAGUUGCUCACAUGGGUACAUCGCAGUACAAAACACUGACAUUUUAGCUUCAGCAAGAGAGAACACUUUCACUUAGGCCAUGGUAUUUCUACUAACAUAUUACAUACUUACAUGAUUACCAAAUUACAUACACAAUUUUUGCUUGAAAAAUCAUGUCAUUUCUUUCUUUGUCAUUUCUUUCUAAUCAGCUCUGCUCUACUCAAGUUUUUCUCCAGAGCCACAGAAGACUUUAUACAACUGUUUUUAGAGUAGCCACAAACAUGACAAGUAAACUAAGCUUCAUGUGUUAAAUCAGUGGAGUGGCCCUUUAAGAAGCACAGUCGGUCUUAAUGGUCCUUAUUAUAAAAAUUCAUUUUUCUUUAUUUUUAUGUUUUGUUUUUUUUUUAAGAUUGUUUUUUCAGCUUUUGCCUUUAUUAUAGAUAGGACAGCUUUAGCGUGACAGGGUAGAGAGAGGGGAUGACAUGCAGCAAAGGGCCGCUGCUGUGGCGAGGACACAGCCUCUGUACGAGGGGUGCCUGCUCUACCCGAUGAGCUACUGGGCGCCCCGUUGCUUAUACAUUUUUUCUUCUUUUUUUCCUCAUUCUGGCCAUUCGUAGCUCAAAAGUGUUCAUAUUUAACUUUAAACACAUAACUUGUUUCCUUUUAUUCAGUUGGCCUUAAAUCAAAUUCUGCUAAGUCUGUAAAAAGGUCCAGUCUAAUUUUCAGUUGUUUUUUUUUAAAGAAGCAGAUACUUUGACACUGACCAGCCACUUUGUAAAAUCUUGAUACAGUACAACUACUAACAUUAUAAUGAACUGAAGCACAGGAUUCACUCCUUUUCCUCAUCAUUUCCCCAUCACAGUCACUGAUGUGAAUACACUGGACUGAUAGACACAACACUUCCAUGGAUGAAUCUGAGCUUCAGAUCUUAUCUUCUGAAGCUGUUUCCAGAAAUGGAACGUGUCCUCUCUCUCUCACCCAAACACUCCCUUCAGGAUACCCAGCCACACACAGGCCCAGCAGGGGGAGACACUGAGCCCUGACCUUUGUCCUCCUCUGCAGGUCUCAUGUAACUGAUAAGCUUAAUAAUUUACCAAGCGAGCAGCAGCCCUUCAGAACAGCAGAAGAGACACUAACUGAUGUUAAUGGUUUUCAGUCUGGACCAUUAACCUGAGAACGUGUUUCUAGAGGGACUGCAUUUAUAUUGAAAUGUGUGAGGGGUUCUUAUCCUUGGACAGGAUGAUCCGAGCCUUCUGAAUGUGAAAUUAUAACUCAUUUUAGGUGGCUGAUGCGAAAUGGGUUUAAAGGGACAGUUCAUCCCAAAAUUGAAAACAUCCAUUUUGUCUCUUAUCUGUAGUGCUGUUUAUC